CCUUUUUCACCAUAAACAACAGAAAUUAAGAUGCCAUUAGGUAAUGUUGCUAAAUAAACUCUGCUUAACGCAGUAGACAGAAGCGUGAGACUAUUCCAUGUUUUUACAGGAUCCUGCAUCCAGAUUUUUCCCUCGUCAGUUUCAAGGUUUGCCGUGGCUCCGCCCCUGUAUGAUUGUAUAUCAGCAGUGACCACAGGCGAUUUGAGCAAUUCUCAUUUGUUGGACAGAGGUUGGGAGCGUGUGUCUAUAUCUGAAAGCUUUGCUGGGCUCUAUGACUUGGAAUACAGAUUCCGUGCAGUAACUGAAAUCGGUGUACUUUAUCAUAUCGUGCGGACAGUAAAACGGGGGAAACGAAGUAAAAAGGUACAGCCCUUGAGGAAGGAAUGGCUGACCGCAUGAUGUCCAUGAACCACGGAAGAUUCAGCGAAUCUGCAAACGGCAUUCACCCUCACCAUCCCACACGCAGGAUGGCGAUGGGACAGUUUUCUAACCCUCUUCACCAUCAGCAGCAGCAGCAGCCGCCGCCGCAGCAGCAGCAGCAGCAUGGGUACAACGGGUUAAUGGGUGAACAUUUGCACUACGGAGGGGGAAAUGUGAACUCUAACCACGGCGUUAGACACUCUAUGGGACCCGGAAAUGUGACUGGUGUCCACCCUAACAGCAGCCUGGCCCCUUCUGCACGAUACAGCUCGCAAUAUGUGGGACCCGCCGUGAGCACUCAAGGACAGCUAGCAGCAAGCAUGCAAUUGCAAAAGCUCAACACGCAGUAUUACACCCAUCACCCUCACCCCUCUCAUCAUCACUAUAUGUCAGACCUACAUUCGUCAAACCACCAGAUGAACGGGACAGGACAGCAAUUCAGAGACUGCAACCCAAAACAUAGCACCUCCAGUAUGCCUCCCCCAGCGCACCAUGUGCCUGCAGCAAUACUGCCCCCCAAUGUCAUAGACACGGAUUUUAUUGAUGAGGAGGUCUUGAUGUCUUUAGUCAUAGAAAUGGGAUUGGACCGAAUAAAGGAACUGCCAGAGCUGUGGCUGGGACAAAAUGAGUUUGAUUUCAUGACAGACUUUGUUUGCAAACAGCAACCAAGCAGAGUGAGCUGUUAGUCUCACCAUAAGGACUCGUCUUACUUUUGUUUUCCUCAGAAAGACAUUUAUACAUUCCUUUUUAACAUGAUUUCUUUAACCUGUGUAUCAAAUGGCAUCAGUCUGGAAUUCCAAUUAAUCUAAAUAUUCAGGGUGGAUUAAGAGUUCUGCUGAAUUACGUAUUUUUACUGAUUUAAGCCUCUAAAAUUUAGAGGUCUGUGCUAUGGAUCAUCAUUUCUUCCAAGGAGAGAGGUAUGACUUGUGAGUGCACUACCAUUGCAAGGGACUUUUCUGGUUUGUUUCCAAGUUCAUGCUAUGCAUUAUGAGUUAAUUCAACUUUGUACUUGGAAAAAUGAAGAAGGUAGCACAGAAGACCCAAAAGCAAGCGGGUAGCUUCGUAGUUAACUGCACAAUUGCUUUGUGCAAAGAAUAAACGAAAUCUUAAAAAAUGCUGUGGUAGGUCAAAUAUUUAUUUUCCUGCGUUUGUUUAAACAUUUUUAUAGAGGUGUUAAAGUAAUAUAAAUUUAAAUGAAGCAUAUACUAAAUUAUGUGAUUAUUAAACAUGCUUGUAGGCAGGUACUGUGUAUUUGUUAAAGACAGUAAUAUACUGUACAAUUUAGUGGCCAUAUAUUUAUCAGAUAUUUGUGCUGUUAAAUGAUCUGUCUGAUUAUCAAGGGAGAAAAUUGCAAGAUAAUGCUUUUUGCACACAAACUAGUUUGCAAAAUGUCCUGUUGCUUUGAUGCUGAACUAGAAUCACUGAUGUCGGUGCCCUGAAUUUUAAUUUUUCAGUUCCUGAAUUUCUGUGGAAGUUUAAAUAAUUUGAAUUGCCAAAUGUUAAGGUUAGAAGAGUCAGUGUAAAGCCUAAAUGGAUACUGUGUCUUUAAGGGAGUAAGAAGAGACUUGUCAGGCCAUGGAAAAGGAUACUCUUUCUUAAAAAUGUGCCACCCUCCCCCACUCUUUUAUGUGAAGAGACAAUAAAAUGAUGUGGAAUGUUGACAAGUUAAGGAAGAACAUUUUACAGAGGUGUUUUUUUCCCUUUUUAUUUUGCAUCUUUGGUUAUCAAAAUUUCCACCACUGUGCUUAUUUAGUUUAUGCGGUACAAGGCAAUACUACUGUGUUGAAGCUUUCUAGGAAAGUUUGACAGUAUUUUUGUACAAAUUUUUUUUAGAAGAAAAUGUUAAUUUAUUAUAUUUUAAUUUGCAAACAUAAAUAAAAGCAGAUAAAAUGUAUUCUGAAAAGAAAAUGUGUAAUUGCGUUUUUUCAUUUAGCUUUAUAGGUUAAAAUCCGCUGGUAAAGAAUGAUUUGGGCUGGUAGACUUACAUUCAGGCAAAAUACAAAAACAACAUUUGUAAUGAAAUCCUUAUUUUCUUUAACUUGGUAAAGAACAUGCUAUGGUAAACAAAAUGCAAUACAGUCCUUUGUUUGACUGUUGAGUAUUGGACACAGUCUAAUAUCUUGCGCAUUUCUUAAGUGGCAUUUUCUUCAGGGUUUUCCAUUGGACACUGUUCUGUACAGUUUCACAAUAUACAACAAAUUUGAGGUACUUUUACACAUAAACACCAAUAAAUUUACAACCUUUUGUACACAUAAUGUAUAAGAACAAAUUGUCCAUGAGAAGUCAGUGGAAAAUUGUUGAAGUUUGUAAAAUGACUAACUUAACCCAUCUGGAUUGCCCAUAAACAUGUCCGAAUGUAUUGAGAAAGUCUUCCUUAUUGACAAAGCGUGAUGAACCAUGAAGUUCAACAGAUAAUAUGAAUUACAAAGCAAUAGCUUUCUUUAAAAUUAUGUCUUAAUGGGUUCAAAUAAACUAUAAAAACAGAAA